AUGCUCGCCGGCGAGCCGCACAUCGACUUGGCCGACUGGAGGCGCCACUGCAUCACGGCGGGCGGCCUCUCGCGCCGCUCGCGCCGCUUCCGCUGGUUCUGGCGAGUGGUGCGUUCCUACUCGCAGCAAGAGCGGCAGCAGCUGCUCCAGUUCGUCACAGGCUCUCGCCAGCCGCCCGUCGGCGGCUUUGCGCAGCUGCAGGGCUUCAACGGCGGCGUGCACAAGUUCACGCUCUGCGCGGCGUCGCACGAGCCAAAGGACUCGCUCCCGCGGGUCCACGCGUGCAUCUGCACCCUCGACCUGCCAGAGUACUCGUCGUGCGGCGCGAUGCGGCGUGCGCUGCACAUUGCCCUCUCGAUGGGCGCCGUCGGGUUCGACGACGCGGCGGUGGCUGGCGACGACGAGGCGCCGUCGGGCGACGAGUCAGCAGGGACGCCGCCGCCGGAUUGA